AUGGCUGACGAGGAAAAGCCCAAAUUUUACCUGGAACGCGGGGGAAAGAGAGUUGAAGUUAACCUUGAACAUCUAAGAAAUCCCCACUCGUUGAAACCCCGUACUAAGGAGCCCGUCUCUUCACCGUUAGUACUUGGGGGUGACCACCGACCUGCUACUCAGUGCAAAAAACCCCAAAAAGAAAGCCAAGAAGAUUUUGGUAGUGAUGAGAAGAAAUGA